UUUGGUUCUAUGGUUCCACGCCAUCUCAUCAGACCAUACCUACACACCUAGGUAGCAAAGAAAAAGCAAACCGUCCAGGCUCGAGGCACCACUUUCCAAUUAUUCUGUAUAGUCCAGCAAAUCAUCUAAACAAGUCUAUUUGAGAAUAUAUAUCUCCUUCGAAACAGAACCCUCGUCACGAUCCUGAACGAACUGAAUCCACGAUACUAGUACUGGCAAGCCGACCACUCCCGCGCAAAGUGUCCUUCGGCUGCAUCCGCAACAAUGAACCCGCUACUCCAUGACACGAUCCUAGCACUUGAAGAUCAAACCUGGAAAGCCCUGAAGCACUCAGGCACGGCGCUUCUUCCAUUUCUCAGCCAUGACUGCAUUAUGCUCUUCCCAAUGGGCAUGAAGGUAUCGGCCAAAACAUCUCCGAACCUCGAAGACGUGAUGAGGAGCGAAGCAUUCAUACCGUGGAAACGGUACCGACUCAACGACGUGGAAGUCACGCCUCUCGGGACAGAGGCCGCCAUCAUCAGCUAUCGAGUUGUGGCAACAAGACAACAUGUCGCAGAGGACGAUGAUGAGGAGCAAGAUGAAUUCAGGGCCCUCAUCUCCAGUACGUGGAGGAAGGAUCCCGAGGCUGGGAAGUGGUUAAUGGUUGUUCAUCAACAAACGCCUUAUCCUAAUGACAUUGAUGACUGAUUGAGUUGAGUUACGCGCGCCUGGAAAGCUGAAUGAUAAUGUCCUGUACAGUGUUGUGCAUGAUGUUGGUAUCCCUGUCAGCAUGCAGGUUAAUGAUAUAUGACACUGGCAGCCUUGCGAUCUCGUCCGAGUCUUUCUUUCCGACAACUUGACACCUGCAGGAUUGUUGGCACCAGAUGUCGGCCGGCGUAGAACAUAAGGUACAUUGUAAACACUGAGAUGAUCUUCAGCCCAACACAGCAAAAGUGGCUGUAGCACUGGAGGAUGUUUCUUCCAUGUUCCGUGCCCGCCAUUUAUGAUCGUGCACUACCUAGG